UUUCUGUCUGUCAGUCAAACAGAAGGAGGCGGGGACACAAAAAAUGCAGCUUUCACAACAGCCUCUGCCUUGUAUUCGGCCAAACAGGAUUCUCCUAACCAAAAGGAAUUAAUGAACGAUGUUAUUUUUACUCGACACAUAAGAUAAGGCUGUCGGUUUUUUUUAUUGGAUGAGGAAAUCCCGAGGAGCAUUUUGGGCAGUAAUCAUGAAGCCUUUGUGAUAGGAUGAGAAGCCCAGUGCCUCGUUUCAGGGACGUUGAGAAGCAGGCAAGCAGCUUGCAGCCCAUACAGUGUGUUCCUCCCUGUCAUGACAGACAGAGCACCAUGUGGUUUGUUCGGGAUGCCUGUGGCAUUGUCUGUGGCGUUAUCACAUGGAUGCUUGUUUUCUUUGCGGACUUUGUCGUGCUGUUUGUCAUGCUGGUUCCGUCCAAGAACCUCACCUACAGCUUGAUGAACGGUGCAAUCUUUAACAGUCUGGCUUUCCUGGCUUUGGCAUCCCACUUCAGAGCCAUGUGCACAGAUCCGGGUGCGGUACCGAAAGGAAAUGCCACAAAAGAAUACAUAGAAAGCUUGCAGCUGAAGCCAGGUCAAGUGGUGUACAAAUGUCCUAAAUGCUGCAGCAUCAAGCCUGACCGAGCUCACCAUUGCAGUGUCUGUAAGAGAUGCAUUCGAAAGAUGGACCACCACUGCCCGUGGGUCAACAACUGUGUCGGUGAAAGUAACCAAAAGUACUUUGUGCUCUUCACGAUGUACAUUGCACUCAUCUCUCUGCAUGCCCUGGUCAUGGUGGUUCUUCAUUUUUUGUACUGCUUUGAAGAUGAUUGGACCAAGUGCAGUACCUUCUCACCUCCAGCAACAGUCAUCCUCCUCAUCCUCCUGUGCUUUGAGGGUCUCCUCUUUCUCAUCUUCACCUCUGUGAUGUUUGGCACCCAAGUCCAUUCCAUCUGUACGGAUGAGACGGGUAUAGAGCAGUUGAAAAAGGAAGAGAGAAGAUGGGCUAAAAAAACUAAAUGGAUGAACAUGAAGGCGGUAUUCGGACACCCCUUCUCAAUAACAUGGUUUAGUCCGUUUUCUACACCUGACCAUGGGAAAGCUGACCCCUACCAGUACGUGGUCUGAGUUCAGGAAGAUUUAGCCCCUUCCCUUUCCAGCUUUACGGUAGAGACUGGAGUUCACCGGACCUGUUUAACUCCAAAAACUCUCGCCAGCAUCCGUGAUUGUAAUCCUGACUUGAGUAAUGUCUUGCAUUACUUUUAACCAGUGGGACUUUUAAUUGCUGUAAUGAAACCCAUUGUAUGUGUAUAAAAUUUAUCCCUUAUCUUAUAUCUUUGCACCCAUUCUAUUUUCCGCAAAAGUUACCUUCAGGACCAUAGCUCAUUUUACACCAGAUGGAGUAACCACUUUGGCACUAGUGCAGGAUGUUUUAUCACUGUAGUCAUUUACUUGUCUUUUGGGAAUAAGUUGGCAUGUUAAACUACUUAGUUCCUUCAGUUUUUGGUAAACGAAGACAACACGUACGUAGUUAUGGCCAACCUAUAUCUGAAAACUGUUCUGUAAGCUGGAUUCUUUUAAUCACAUGCAGAAUGACUCAUGAUCAGUAUCUGACUCGGUUGGUACAGCUUAAUAAUUUGAGGCCACAGUGUGACACUGACUUUCAUCCGUAACAGUGCAAGGGUCUCGAUUUUAUCGAAUUAUAGAAAGGCAAAACAAUUGUGGUUGAUGCAUUGCUAGUUAAGUGCUACUAACGAUGUGUGUGGUGUUUUUUUUUUUUUGUUUCUCUGAACCACAUGUCCUGUCCCUCUGAAGUGAGUUUGAAAUCACAUCACUAUUCAUGGAGUGUCACUUCUGGUGUAAAAUGGACUUGAAAAGUGUUACUCAAUAAACUUUAUGUACAUGUAUAUUCCUAUCCAUGUCUAUAUAAAAUACGAGAUUAGGAACAAGGGAAAUUAAUAAUUAUUCCAUAAACCUUCAGCCAGUCAUCUUUUAAAUAACAUCCUGGUUGAUGAUGAUGAUGAUGAUUUUUUUUUUUAUUUAAUUUUCUAUGCUCUUUAUUCUCCUUUUCAUGGAUGGCCAAAUAUAAUUGUUAGCCUUCAGAAAGUAAAGAGUGUAAAAUCUAGGAAAAGUAUUGUAUGAAUAAUGAAUGAUUAUAUGAAGAGGAUAAUGUAUUAAUUAUGUUUUAUAAAUCAGUUUAUGCAAUCAGUCUAUUGCAGUGUUGCAGGAGGUUCCUAAAUAGAUCAGUGCAAGAACAUUUUAAUUGUUAAGUCUGUGAAUAUUAUAUCCUAAUUUCAUAGCUUUACGACUGCUGAGGGAAACUGGCUCAUUGACUCAUUUGAAAUUAUUUACUUUAAAUCUGUAAAUAAAGUAUAUGUUUUUUUUGUUUUUUUAAAAACCAUUUAUAACAACUA